AUGGAGUGGUGGCCGCGGCGCUGCCGGCUCACCGUCGCUUUGCUGCUCAUCCUGCUCGCAGUCGCGCAUCGGGACGUGUUGGCUGGGGCGGCGGUGCCGCCGGGAACCGGCGGCGUCGUGGGCGGCGUGCAUACGGACCCGCACCGUAUCGGUGGUGCUGGUGCAAGCGGAGAUGAUGAUGUCGUCACCCAAGCAAGCGCACCUGCCGAGGGAACACAUGGCAGAGAAUUAGCGAGAAAAAACUCAGGGACGGCGUCCAGAGGCUGUGAGAAGAAACUCAGGAUUGCUGUGCCACAUAAAUCUGGUUUCAAAGCUUUUGUGAAUAUUACUCAUCCUAACACUGAGAGACAAAAGGUCACUGGAUACAGCAUUGAUAUCUUCAAAGCUGCUAUUGGAGAUGCUACAGCCUAG